AUGGGUAUUCCAUCAUCUCUACCCACAAACCCUAACCCCAGUCCCAGUCCGCCGCUUCCCCAAUCACCACCACCGCAAACGCCGCCGCUUCCCCAAUCACCACCACUACCCCCAAGCCAAACACCAACUCUCAUUCCGCCGACCCCCCUCUCGCCACAAACUGAGCCGCAAAAUGAGACACCCGUUUUCGAAACUCAGUUCCCAGAACCAAUACUUAAACCUGCGCCUACUCAAACGAAAUCUAAAGGUAAAACUAAAAAGGCUGUAGGUAGACCCAAGAAAGCCCCUGUCGAAAAACGAAAAAGAGCGCCCUCUAUUCCUUUCGACCUAAACUCUCCACCUCAACCUUCCUCUGAACCAGUCAGCAAAAGAACUAGAUCCUCCUCGCAAAUUCCACCACCAGCGGUCCAAACCCCUGUGUCUCAGUCACCCUUAAACUCUUCAGCAGCACCUGCGUCAUCUGCCAAUGAUAUAGAGGAGGGUUCGGGCUAUAAAAAUAUUGAGUGGCAACAAACUAUUUAUGACCCUGUUCAAUUCUGGAAAGACAUUGCACCUUUUGGGGGUUAUUAUAGACAGAGGACUGCAAAAGCCUCUAGGAUAGUUGAUCAUGAAGGGGACACAGUAACAGCAUUGUGGGUGCUGGAGAUUUAUUUUUCCUGUGGUGCAUGA